AUGAAAAUCAAAACUAUCAAAAGAAGCGCAGACGAUUAUGUCCCAGUGAAAAGCACUCAAGAAUCGCAACUUCCUCGUAAUUUGAACCCUGAGCUACAUCCGUUUGAAAGAGCUCGUGAGUAUACCAAAGCGUUGACGGCUACUAAGAUGGAACGUAUGUUCGCUAAGCCUUUUGUCGGUCAAUUAGGAUACGGUCAUAGAGAUGGUGUUUAUGUUAUUGCCAAAAAUUAUAGAAAUCUAAACAAAUUAGCAACAGGUUCCGCAGACGGUGUUAUUAAAUACUGGAACAUGUCCACGCGUGAUGAAGUAUGUUCCUUUAAGGCUCAUUACGGGCUUAUUACAGGGCUUUGUGUUACUCCAGAACAUUUAUCUAAAAAUAAGAAUGAUAAUUUUAUGCUUUCCUGUAGUGAUGACAAGACUGUGAAAUUAUGGUCUGUAAAUAGUGAAGAUUAUGUCAAUCUUAAAGAUGAUGAGCAACUUAAUACAACCAGCGGUCUACUAAAAACUUUUUACAGUGAUAUUGCCUUCCAAGGUAUAGAUCAUCAUAGAUCAAAUUCUAAUUUCGUCACAGGUGGUGCGCAAAUUCAACUUUGGGAUAGUAAUCGAUCCACUCCAUUAUCUAAUCUAUCAUGGGGCGCAGAUAACAUUACUACUGUGAAAUUUAAUCAAAAUGAAACAGAUAUUUUUGCUAGUGCAGGAAGUGACAACUCUAUUGUUUUAUACGAUUUGAGAACGAAUUCCCCAACUCAAAAGAUUGUUCAAACAAUGAGGACAAAUGCGAUUUGUUGGAAUCCAAUGGAAGCUUUUAAUUUCGUUAUCGGUAAUGAAGAUCAUAAUGCUUAUUAUUAUGACAUGAGAAACAUGUCUAGAGCAAUUAACGUUUUUAAAGAUCAUGUGAGUGCAGUUAUGGACGUCGACUUCUCACCAACAGGUGAUGAGAUUGUGACAGGUUCAUACGAUAAAACUAUUAGAAUUUUCAAAACUAAUCAAGGUCACUCUAGAGAAAUAUAUCAUACUAAGAGAAUGCAACACGUAUUCCAAGUCAAAUUCUCUAUGGAUUCGAAAUAUGUUAUCAGUGGUUCAGAUGAUGGUAAUGUUAGACUGUGGAGAAGUAAAGCUUGGGAAAGAUCCAAUGUCAAGACUACUAAAGAAAAGAAUAAAUUAGAAUAUGAUGAGAAAUUAAAAGAAAGGUUCAGACAUAUGCCUGAAAUUAAAAGAAUUAGUAAACAUAGACACGUCCCCAUUGUUGUUAAGAAGGCACAAGAAAUUAAGAAUAUCGAAUUAAAUUCCAUCAAGAGAAGAGAAAUGAAUGAGAGACGUACUAGAAAAGAUAUGGAAUUCCGAUCCGAAAGAAAGAAACAAAUUGUUGGUACCGUCUUCCAAUACGAAGAUAAAAAUGUAAAAAAGGACAAAGAACUUAAGGACUCCAAUAAAAUUUAA